AGUGAAUUGACUGUAUAUUUUGUGGGCGAAAUAUUAAUCUAUUAUACCUUGCUAGUUGGUUUCCAGGGAGAAUCGUGCGGUCCGAAUUCUGAGCUACAUAACAGAGCUGUUGAUACUGUGCUUGGCAGUAAGUCGGUGCUUAGGAUGUACUUGAUGGUUGCUUUGUCAACAGCUGAUCUAGGAUAUGGGGGUGGGGGUUGUCGAGUAGAAGCCAGAGGCAGGUCUGAGAAACCAAAUGCCAGGUUGACUUUAGAUAGGGAGCAAAUCUCAGAGACAUGAUUGGACUUGCAGUGAGUUUUGCUGCACCUGGGCUGGGCUAAAGCUGCACUCUCUGGGAGGUACUUCGCUAUCUCCACCUUCCUGUCUCCCUUCGGUCAGUCAGUCAAUCAGUUACCUGCCACCACUCUUGGGACACUGCUUGUCAUUCAUGCUCAGUUUUGCCUUCAAGUGACCAACCCUAGCCUGUGGGCAAGCUCCCUGGCAAAGUGAGUCAGACAAAACACCCUGUUGCAAGCGUAAAGGACCAGGUUUUCAGAGGAACUCCCAAAGGUCCUGAGGGAGCGCAAUGGCAUCUAUGGAUGUUAACAGCAAGCCACCGUUCUUCAGACCUUUUGUGGAAGCAGACCCCAUAAGAGCAAGGGGGACACCUACACCAGAGGGGUAUCUGGAUGCCUUUGAGGCGAAUUGCUCCUUGGCUCCUCUUCACCACCUCCCUGGGACUGAAGUGGACACGGGGCAAGAGGAACUCUUCCUGAACAGGGAGUCGGAGGACAGAGACUGUCUGGGGGCCAUAGGAGAUCCCAGCCACCAACCCGAGGUGGGAGAACUGAUGGCAAAUCCAAUCCCUGACUCCAAACCGGCCAUGUCCUACAUCGCUCUGAUAGCCAAAGCCAUCCUGGGCUCCCCCAGUAAGCGGCUGAACCUGGCCUCCAUCUACAGGUACAUCGAAGAGAAUUUCCCCUACUACAGGGGCCGCGGGCAGGGCUGGAGGAACAGCGUCAGGCACAACCUCUCACUGAACGAGUGCUUCGUCAAGGCGGGGAGGUGCGAGGACGGCAAAGGCAACUACUGGAGCAUCCACCCCUCCAACCUGGAAGACUUCUCCAAGGGAGACUUCAGGCAGCGCCGCAGGUGCCGAAGGAGAGGCAGGAGCAAGGAGUUGGAGCGUAAAUUGGCCGUGACCUACCCUACCUGCCCCUUCCCACUUGAGCCCCUCGCCCUCAGCUCCCUCUGCUCCCCCUACACCGAGCAGGAGCGCAGGGCUUACAGGCUGGACGAGGUGCUCUACAGACAGUACAUCACCAACCCCUUCUGGAGGUGGUAUCACAGCUGCAGGAGCUCAGCCACACUGAGACCCUGCUGCGACCCCAGCCUUGGGCUUCCCCCAAACACAACCCCAAGCCCAGCCCCAACCCCAGCCCAGAACUCAGUGCCUCACUGGCAGGGUUUAGCAGAUAGCACUUCCCAUCAAAACUUUUUCAAAUCAGCCGGCAAUUGA